UUUUAACAGAAUCAAGAAGAUGAAGUUUCAAGUCAAUGCAGCGAUGUAUGUGCUGCUAUUCUUUCCGUUUCUCGUACAAGAAACACUCGCUCAAGUCUCAUGCCCGUCUCUUGAGACGUUAUGUUCGACAAAUAUAGACGGUCGUAAAAUUUCCUCCUUUGUACGUAACCACAAGAAAUUUUUUUGUGAGCAUGGAACUGACAAUUAUAAAUGGAUUGCAAUUCAGCCGCCUUGCACUUCUCCAGUUAUAAGUGCUCCAAGGCAACUACUUUGUGAGGUUAAAACUGACGGUAGCCGCUGGUUUGUUAUACAGAGUCGUUUUCGUAAAGACAUCAGCUUCAAUAGAAACUGGACGGACUUUAAAAACGGCUUCGGGACACCUUGCAAAACAGACUAUUGGAUGGGCAAUGAGAUAGUUCACCAACUCACAUCUCGGGGUAAUUUUGAAUUGAGAAUUGAUAUGAUCUUCAAUGGAAGUAACUAUUACGCCAGAUACAAUAACUUUAAUGUUGACAGCGAAGAGAACCAAUAUGAGCUGACUUUGAAUACAUUUAGUGGAAAUGUCUAUGAUGAAUUUGGUAUCCACAACCAUAUGAAGUUUAGCACUCCAGACAGGGACAAUGAUAUUGAUGACAGGCUCUUCUGUUCCCAGAUGUUUCAAGCAGGCUGGUGGUACAUGAAUUGUCACUAUGCAAAUCUGAAUGGCCACUUUGACUCACCGACGCGGCUUAAAGGCGUCACUUGGACCGAACUUACAACAGGCAAUUAUUCACUGUCUUCUGUUGAAAUGAAAAUCAGGAAGAAGAAUUAAAUUUGGCAAAGUCGAUCGAGGCAUCUCAGAAGUGUAUUAUUUUAGAUAAAAGAAAAAAAUAUUUUUAAAUUUGUUUGAAGCAAUCAAUGUAAUUAUUGAUAAUAAAUUUUUUUUUUUUA